CGAUGACGUUACAACUCUAUAACACGACGGACAUCUCGUACACGAAGUGAGAGCUACAAUGGACGACCUGAAGGAAGUCAGGAAGCAAUCUCGAAGCAAACUAUUCGAUUCGGCCUCAGCACUGAACAGUUUACAAGAGGAGAGCAGACUGACAGCUUCAUCAGCUGUCCAUACCUCGCGAAUGUUUUGUUUUGUUACAAUUCAAAUAAAAUAACGAUGGAUGAUCGAAGAAUAUUGGAAGAACAAUUGAGAGAAUCUGCUUGUGUCGGUGAUACAGAUGCAGUUCAAGAGUUAAUAAAUCUUGGAGUUGAUGUUAACACGAGGCAUGCUAUAAAUGGAUGGACACCGCUACAUUGGGCAUGUAAAAGGAAUUACCUUGAUGUUGUAGCUUUAUUAUUGAAAAGUGGAGCAGAUAAAAAUGUUGUAUCUGACAAAGGUGAGACUCCAGCAUCAGUUUGUACAAAUCCAGGAAUUUUACAAUUAUUGGAUACUCCUCCAGCUUUCUCAAAAAUAAUUACUGAUGUAGAAACGCUCAGUUUUGUGCCUAAUUAUAUUAAAAAUGCUCCACUGAGCAGCAAAUUAAACUUACAUUCCCUUCGUCAUACAAAAAUUAACAAUACUGGAAACAUUAGUAGCAAUAUUACUUCUAAUAUAUUCCAAGAAGAGUUGGUACUAAAAGUUCGAAUAGCAAAUUCAAAUGACCCAGAUUAUAUAGAGGUUGAUCUUCCACAUAAUUCUUUGACUUAUAAGAAUUUAAUCAAAGUAUGUUGUGAUGAACUAGGAGUUGACGCUAGUCAAGUAUUGAAAUUACGAAAAUUACCUAAUACCAAAAUUAGACGAGACAAAGAUGUACAAAGAUUGGUUAAUUUUCAAGAAAUUGAAGUAGUUCUUAUUUCAUCGCUCAAUAUUGGGAAUGAAGUACAACAUAAAUCUAUGCUAUAUGCUAAUGGUAGUACAGUCCCCAUAACUCCAACAAAUAAUUAUCAAAGUAUAUCCAAAAAGGAUCAAACGAUUUUAUAUUAAAUUUUAUCUACUGUUACUUUUAUAAAUAUUUAAUUGCAUCUAACUAAUCAAUACACUGGUCUAAACUACUGGAUUAGCCUAGGUUUUAUAAAAAUUACAUUUUUUAUUUAAAAGUUUAUAUAAUGUAUUUAAAUAUUUAAAUAUUUGUACAAAAACGACGCAUUUAUCUACAUGAAC